AUGAAGUCCGCUCUCACUCUCUCCGUGGCCGCUGUCGCCAGCGCUGCCUCUUUCAGCGUCGGCACCGUCCACGACAAGGCCGCUCCCAUCCUCAGCUCCAUCGAAGCCGAGACCAUCCCAGACUCGUACAUCAUCAAGUUCAAGGACCACGUCGAUGAGCGUGCUGCCUCCAACCACCACAUGUGGGUUCAGGACACCCACACCAACGGCGAGUCUGAGCGCCUGGAGCUGCGAAAGCGAUCCUCCAUUCCCUUCACAGACAAGACAUUCUCUGGCUUGAAGCACACCUUUGACAUUGGUGAGGCCUUCAAGGGCUACGCCGGCCACUUUGACGAGUCCAUGAUCGAGAAGGUCCGAAACCACCCUGACGUCGAGUACAUCGAGCGCGACACUCUUGUCCACACCAUGGUCCCUGUCUCCAACAAGGACAUGAUCACUGAGGACAAGUGCGACGGCGAGACCGAGCGAUCAGCUCCUUGGGGUCUUGCCCGUGUCUCCCACCGUAACACCCUCAACUUCGGUACCUUCAACAAGUACCUCUACUCCUCCGAUGGUGGUGAGGGUGUUGAUGCCUACAUCGUCGACACUGGUACCAACAUCGACCACGUUGACUUUGAGGGUCGUGCUAAAUGGGGCAAGACCAUUCCUUCCGGCGACGCCGACGAGGAUGGCAACGGUCACGGUACUCACUGCUCUGGUACUGUCGCCGGUAAGAAGUACGGUGUUGCCAAGAAGGCCCACGUCUACGCUGUCAAGGUCCUCCGAUCUAACGGCUCCGGAUCCAUGUCCGACGUUGUCAAGGGUGUCGAGUUUGCUGCCACCAGCCAUCUUGAGCAGAAGAAGAAGGCCAAGGAUGGUAAGCGUAAGGGCUUUAAAGGCUCUGUCGCCAACAUGUCCCUUGGUGGUGGCAAGACCCAGGCUCUCGAUGCUGCCGUCAACGCUGCUGUCCGCACUGGUGUUCACUUUGCCGUCGCUGCUGGCAACGACAACGCCGAUGCCUGCAACUACUCCCCCGCUGCCGCUUCUGAGCCCGUCACUGUCGGUGCCUCUGCUAUUGAUGACAGCCGUGCCUACUUCUCCAACUACGGAAAGUGCACUGACAUCUUCGCCCCUGGUCUGAACAUUAUGUCCACCUGGAUCGGUAACAAGUACGCCGUCAACACCAUCUCUGGUACCUCUAUGGCCUCUCCCCAUAUUGCUGGUCUCCUGGCCUACUACCUCUCUCUCCAGCCCGCUGAGGACUCCGAGUACGCUCUUGCUUCCAUCACCCCCAAGAAGCUCAAGGAGAACCUCAUCUCCGUUGCCACCGAGAACGCCCUUUCCGAUAUUCCCUCCGACACCCCCAACCUGCUCGCCUGGAACGGUGGUGGCUGCAGCGACUACAAGAAGAUCGUCGAGGCUGGUAGCUACAAGGUCAACAAGGCUGCUCCUUCUUCUCGCGUUGAGAACAUCAAGCACGCCGUUGAGCACGAGGUCGAUGUUGUCUCUGGCAAGCUGACCACUGGCGCUAAGGAGCUUGGCUCCAAGGCCGAGAAGUUCUCCAAGAAGAUCCACGAGCUCGUCGAUGAGGAGCUCGAGCAGUUCAUCAAGGAGCUCAACAUGUAA